UGCCUUCCUCUUUGCCUCCGUUGUCCCUGUGUGGUGGCUCCUCACACAGCCAGGGAACUGUGUGCUGGCACUUCCAGGCAUGAGCUGCCUGUAGCGCUGCAGGCUGGGGGCGGCUCUCUGAGACCUGCACAUGGGCAGCCAGCAGAGUCUGCAGGAUGGGGCUGCUGAGCGGGGUCCUAGCCAGCACCUGCUGUGUAAGGCUCCAGCUCUGGUACUUUGGUGCCCCCCUCCCCUUACCUCACGUUGGCUUCCUGAAAGGGUCCUCAGUGACUUCUGUCAUGGUUAUUUAAGGAAUCUUGCCUAGAAAGUCCCUACAAGCACGCAGUUCCCUGCCGCCGGGUAGGCGUGGACUCCAAGAUGAUCAUAAAGGAAUACCGGAUUCCCCUGCCAAUGACCGUGGAGGAGUACCGCAUCGCCCAGCUGUACAUGAUACAGAAGAAAAGCCGAAACGAGACCUAUGGCCAAGGCAGUGGCGUGGAGAUCCUGGAGAACCGGCCCUACACAGAUGGCCCUGGUGGCUCUGGGCAGUACACCCACAAAGUGUAUCACGUGGGCAUGCACAUCCCCAGCUGGUUCCGUGCCAUCUUGCCCAAGGCAGCCUUGCGGGUGGUGGAGGAGUCCUGGAACGCCUACCCUUACACCCGAACCAGGUUCACCUGCCCCUUUGUGGAGAAGUUCUCCAUUGACAUUGAAACCUUUUAUAAGACUGAUACCGGGGAAAACAAUAAUGUGUUCAACCUGUCUCCUGUGGAAAGGAACCAGCUGAUAACAGACAUCAUCGACAUUGUCAAGGACCCUGUGCCCCCCAAUGAGUACAAGACAGAAGAAGACCCUAAGCUGUUCCAGUCAGUCAAGACUCGUCGGGGACCUCUCUCUGAAAACUGGAUUAAGGAGUACAAGAAGCAGCUCCUCCCCAUCAUGUGCGCCUACAAGCUCUGCAAGGUGGAGUUCCGAUACUGGGGCAUGCAGUCCAAGAUCGAGAGGUUCAUCCACGACACAGGCCUGCGGCGGGUGAUGGUGCGGGCCCACCGGCAGGCCUGGUGCUGGCAGGAUGAGUGGUACGGGCUGAGCAUGGAGAACAUCCGGGAACUGGAGAGGGAGGUACAGCUUAUGCUGUCCCGCAGAAUGGCCCAGUUUUCAGAGGAAGGAGGACCCACAGAACUCAGCAAGGACAACACUAUCCAGGACCAGGCACCUGGAGUGACCUCUGAACCCAACAACACCAAUGGGGAGCCCCUGGGCCGGGGCCUGAAGAAGCAGUGGUCCACCUCCUCCAAGUCCUCAAGGUCCUCCAAGCGGGGAGCCAGCCCCUCCCGACACAGCAUCUCAGAGUGGAGAAUGCAGAGUAUCGCCAGGGACUCCGAUGAAGGCUCGGAAGAAGAGUUCUUCGAUGCACAAGUCCCUUUACCCCCAGAGAACAUUCACAAGGAGGAAAUGUACCCCAAGGACAUCACUAAGUGGAACUCCAAUGACCUCAUGGACAGAAUGGAGAACCCGGAGCCUGAGGACACACAAGACGGUCUCUAUCACCAGAGUGGCUCUGAGUUCAGGGUGGCCUCCAGCGUGGAGCAGCUGAACAUCAUCGAGGAUGAGGUGAGCCAGCCACUAGCUGCACCGCCCUCCAAGAUUCAUGUGCUGCUGCUGGUGCUGCAUGGAGGCACCAUCCUGGACACGGGAGCCGGGGACCCCAGCUCCAAGCAGGGUGACACCAAUACUAUCACCAACGUGUUCGACACCGUCAUGCGUGUGCACUACCCCAGUGCCCUGGGCCACCUAGCCAUCCGCCUGGUGCCCUGCCCGCCCAUCUGUGCUGACGCCUUCGCCCUGGUCUCCAACCUCAGUCCUUACGGCCAUGAUGAGGGCUGUCUGUCCAGCAGCCAGGACCACAUCCCCCUGGCUGCCCUGCCCCUGCUGGCCACUUCCUCACCCCAAUAUCAGGAGGCAGUUGCUACAGUGAUCCAGCGGGCCAACCUGGCCUAUGGAGAUUUUAUCAAGUCCCAGGAAGGUGUGACCUUCAACGGACAGGUCUGCCUGAUUGGAGACUGUGUUGGGGGCAUCCUGGCAUUUGAUGCCUUAUGCUACAGUGGCCAGCCAGUGUCUGAGAGUCAAAGCAGCAGCCGCCGGGGCAGCGUGGUCAGCAUGCAGGACGCUGACCUGCUGUCCCCGGGCAUCCUGGUGAAUGCAGCACACUGCUCCAGUGGUGGUGGCGGUGGCGGUGGCAGUGGCGGAGGCUCCAACCUGGAGAGCAGUCGGCACCUGAGCCGCAGCAACAUUGACAUCCCCCGGAGCAACGGCACUGAGGACUCCAGAAGGCAGCUGCCCCGCAAAAGGAGCGAUUCAUCCACCUAUGAGCUGGACACCAUCCAGCAACACCAGGCCUUCCUGUCCAGCCUCCAUGCCAGCGUACUGAGGAACGAGCCUAGCUCCCGCCGCUCAAGCAGCUCCACGAUGCUGGACGGUGCCGGGGCCCUAGGCAAGUUUGACUUCGAGAUUGCCGACCUCUUCCUCUUCGGGUGCCCGCUGGGGCUGGUCCUAGCCUUGAGGAAAACGGUCAUCCCCUCCCUGGACGUUUUCCAGCUGCGGCCAGCGUGUCAGCAAGUGUACAACCUCUUCCACCCUGCGGACCCUUCAGCCUCCCGCCUAGAACCGCUGCUGGAGCGGCGCUUCCACACCCUGCCACCCUUCAACAUCCCCCGAUACCAGCGCUACCCGCUGGGGGAUGGCUGCUCCACACUGCUGGUCGAGACCGUGCAGAGAAACCCAGAGCUGGUCCUGGAGGGCGGCCCCCUGGCCCCUCUCCCACACGGGGACAGCUUCCUGGAGACCAGUAUCCCUGUUCCCGCGCUCACCUGGCAGGAUGGGCCCCGCCAGAGCCCGGGCUGUGCUGAGUCGGAUGUGCUUCAGACCCACAACACAGUCUUCCAAGAGCAUGUGGCCCCCUCGUCGCCUGGCACAGCCCCUACCAGCCGUGGCUUCCGCAGGGCCAGUGAGGUCAGCAUUGCCAGUCAGGUGUCAGGCAUGGCCGAGAGCUACACAGCAUCCAGCAUUGCCCAGAAGGGUCCCUCGUCGCUCAGCCACACCCCCAGCAUCAGGCGCCUAUCCUUGCUCGCCCUGCCCCCCCCAUCCCCUACCACCCAGGGUCCCCGUACAAGGGCAAGGCAGGUGAGCCCCAACCUGGAGUGGGCCCCCUGUCUCCCUGACUUGGACAUCGGAGAAGUCGCCGCCAAGUGGUGGGGCCAGAAGCGGAUUGACUACGCCCUGUACUGCCCCGACGCACUCACGGCCUUCCCCACAGUGGCUCUGCCCCACCUCUUCCACGCCAGCUACUGGGAGUCAACCGAUGUGGUGUCCUUCCUGCUGAGACAGGUCAUGCGGCACGACAGCUCGAGUAUCCUGGAGCUGGACGGCAAAGAGGUGUCAGUGUUCACGCCUUCACAGCCCAGGGAGAAGUGGCAGCGCAAGAGGACCCACGUGAAGCUGCGGAACGUGACAGCCAACCACCGGAUCAAUGAUGCAGUUGCCAAUGAGGACGGCCCACAGGUUGUGACGGGCCGGUUCAUGUACGGGCCCCUGGACAUGGUCACCCUGACUGGGGAGAAGGUGGAUGUGCACAUCAUGAUGCAGCCGCCCUCAGGUGAGUGGCUGUACCUAGACACUCUGGUGACCAACAGCAGUGGGCGUGUCUCCUACACCAUUCCAGAGACACACCGCCUGGGGGUGGGCGUCUACCCCAUCAAGAUGGUGGUCAGGGGAGACCACACAUUUGCCGACAGCUACGUCACUGUGCUCCCCAAGGGCACAGAAUUUGUGGUCUUCAGUAUCGAUGGCUCCUUUGCCGCCAGUGUGUCCAUCAUGGGCAGCGACCCCAAGGUGCGCGCCGGGGCUGUGGACGUGGUGCGACACUGGCAGGACCUGGGCUACCUCAUCAUCUAUGUGACUGGCCGGCCCGACAUGCAGAAACAGCGGGUGGUGGCAUGGCUGGCUCAGCACAACUUCCCUCACGGUGUAGUGUCCUUCUGUGACGGCCUGGUGCAUGACCCGCUGCGGCACAAGGCCAACUUCCUGAAGCUGCUCAUCUCUGAGUUGCAUCUGCGCGCACACGCGGCCUAUGGCUCCACAAAGGAUGUGGCGGUCUAUAACUCCAUCAGCCUUUCUCCCAUGCACAUCUACAUUGUGGGCCGGCCCACCAAGAAGCUACAGCAACAGUGCCAGUUUAUCACGGAUGGCUACGCGGCCCACCUGGCCCAGCUUAAGUACAACCAUCGGGCGCGUCCAGCCCGAAACACGGCCACACGCAUGGCCUUGCGCAAGGGCAGCUUCGGCCUACCUGGCCAGGGUGACUUCCUGCGCUCCCGGAACCACCUGCUCCGCACCAUCUCAGCCCAGCCCAGUGGGCCCAGCCAUCGGCACGAUCGGACACAGAGCCAGAUGGACACUGAGCAGCGCGGCCAGCGCAGCAUGAGCGUGGCAGCCAGCUGCUGGGGCCGUGCCAUGACAGGCCGGCUUGAACCAGGGGCAGCCUCAGGACCCAAGUAGGACACCGUGAGGAGGCGCUGUGGUCUCCAUGGUGCUAGGCCAGGGCACCGGCCCUACUGGGAGGCCUAGCCUGGGCACACAUAGAUGGCUGGGGACGAGUACAGACAUGGCCUUAGAGCUUGUCCCAGAGCCCCUUGGAAGACAUGCCAUGUCAACACAGUCCUCCCAGCCUUGCCUCAGGCCCUAGGCUCUGAGGAGCCCAGCUGGUCACGGAAGCUGGCAGGAUGUCCAGCCCGUGAUGGAAGAGGAACCAGGAUGGGUCACUUAGCCCAGCCUGGGAGGCAUUCUUGGACAUCUUGCCCUGUGUUGAUCUCUCAGCCUCCUGGUGGCGGGCAUGGGUCUAGGCCCAGCCUGGCACCUCCCUGUCUACUGGCGCCCUUUCCCUUUUGGUAGCAGCUCCAGUGGGGGUCCAGCCUGCGUCUUGUUGACUCCAGUUCUCAACUGUCCAACCUCACUGGUUUUGCACUGGUUUUUGAGAGUAGAGACCUGUUACCAUAUCCUGGCUCCAGACAUGUUGACAUGCAUGAAAACCCAGUAUCCGCUGAUCCAGGGUCUGUCACCACACAGAAUAUUCCGGUAUGGGGAAUCUUCGCGCAAGCAGGAAAGGCCAUAUCUUCGUUUCUACCGCCUGCCUGGCCCGCCAGUACCACGGCAGCCCAAUGGCAGUCCCAGACGGCUGCUCACCCAUCCACCUGCCCCACCCAGCGCUCAGUGCAGUCCCAGGACUGGUGUCACUCCAAGCCUUGAGCACAUCACAGGCGCGAGGCCAGCAAAGGGCAGCGCUGGCUCCUGGGAGCCUGAAGAAGCCUGGCCUCCACCUCCACUACUCGCCUGCCACGGGCUGGGGCCCCGUGCCAUGGCUGCUGCCCACCGCAUUUCUAUGCCUUUCUACUUCUCCAUCUGGUUUCUAUAAGGUUUUUUUUUU